CUGCUGAGAUUCAGUACAAGGAGUACAGGAAGGGGAAGGAGGAGGCGGUGCAGAUCUGUUACUCGCACACCCUCUUCCUGCCCGGUGAUGCCGCUAGUGCCCAGUGCCCCUCUCACCAUGGCUGCAGCACUAAGUCUGCGUCUCGUGUGUGAGUACCUGGGGGCUGCUGCCCUCCACCCGACACACAAGUGACAGCUCGGGAUUUCUUUUUCUUUUGUUGCCUCUGGAUUUAGUUUUGUGGGCGCAGAGAGAGCGCCGGACAGCUGCGUGGGCUUGAGGUUGCCCCUGGCUUGGUAUCGCGGGGAGGAGUAAGAGUUUCUGGACUGAGCAUCCGAACAAGGCGGAGUACGGCCGGCCUUCAGCCUCCCAAGGGGGGGAACCACCAUCCCCAUCCUCCUCCUCCCUCUCCUCCUGCUGCUGCUGCCAAAGAUCGGCGGAGCACAACUAUGGCGUCCUAUGUGGAUAACAGUUUCAGGCAGUCAGUGAUGAAGCCGCCGGCCGACAGAAGCGCGCAGGAUCUGGAGAUUGUUUAUUCUUAUCUUCAUGGCAUGGAAGCUCUGUCUAACCUUCGGGAACAUCAGCUGAGACUGAUGUGUGAAACUGUGCGCUACGAAAGGCACGAAGCUAAUGAAGUCUUGUAUUACCCUGACGACAUUGGUACCUGUUGGUACAUCCUUUUAUCUGGAUCGGUGUUCAUUAAAGAAUCCAUGUUUCUUCCAAGGAGCAGCUUUGGCAAACGUUCUGCAGGAAGCUUAAGGCGUGGCUGUGAAUGCAUCGUGUUGGAGCCUUCCGAAAUGAUUGUGGUGGACUAUAUGGAUGAGAAUGAAGAAUAUUUCCAGCGCCAGGCAUCUCACCGGCAGUCUCGCCGGAGGUUUCGCAAGAUCAACCAGAAAGGCGAGAGACAAACCAUUAUUGAUACAGUGGAAUCCUAUCCUGUUGGGAAACCACCUUUGCCAAGAGGGUAUCACACGGAAGGCUCUAAGCCUCAGCUCCCUGCUGAUUUCACUAAACUGCACAUCACAGACAGUCUACAUCCACAGGUGACGCACGUGUCCUCCAGUCAUUCAGGAUGUAGCAUCACUAGCGAUUCUGGGAGCAGCAGCUUGUCUGACAUCUACCAGGCCACUGAAAGUGAGCCAGGAGAUAUGGACCUGAGUGGGCUACCAGAGACUGCUGUUGAUUCAGAAGAUGAUGACGAUGAAGAGGAUAUUGAAAGAGCCUCUGACCCUUUAAUGAGCAGGGACAUAGUCAGAGACUGUCUGGAGAAGGAUCCAAUUGACAGGACUGACGACGAUAUUGAACAACUCCUGGAGUUCAUGCACCAGCUGCCUGCAUUUGCCAACAUGACAAUGUCUGUAAGACGAGAGCUCUGUGCAGUCAUGGUGUUUGCCGUGGUCGAGCGGGCAGGAACUGUUGUACUAAACGAUGGGGAGGAGCUCGAUUCCUGGUCGGUUAUUUUAAAUGGCUCAGUAGAAGUGACAUAUCCUGAUGGCAGGACAGAAAUACUGUGCAUGGGGAACAGCUUUGGUGUGUCGCCAACCAUGGAGAAGGAAUACAUGAAGGGAGUGAUGAGAACCAAAGUGGAUGACUGCCAGUUUGUAUGCAUCGCCCAGCAAGAUUACUGCCGCAUCCUCAACCAGGUGGAAAAGAACAUGCAGAAGGUGGAAGAGGAGGGCGAGAUUGUGAUGGUGAAAGAGCACAGAGAGCUUGAUCGCACUGGAACCAGGAAAGGUCACAUUGUCAUCAAGGGAACUUCGGAGCGUCUAACCAUGCAUCUAGUGGAAGAACAUUCUGUGGUUGACCCAACAUAUAUUGAAGAUUUCCUCCUCACCUACAGAACUUUUCUUUCUAGCCCUAUGGAAGUGGGAAAGAAACUACUGGAGUGGUUUAAUGACCCUAGUCUCAGGGACAAGGUUACCCGAGUAGUGUUGCUAUGGGUAAACAAUCACUUUAAUGACUUUGAAGGGGACCCAGCCAUGACUAGAUUUUUAGAAGAAUUUGAGAAUAAUUUGGAACGUGAGAAAAUGGGUGGCCACCUAAGGCUGUUAAAUAUUGCAUGUGCUGCCAAAGCAAAAAGAAGAUUGAUAACUCUAACAAAGCCCUCCCGAGAAGCCCCCUUGCCUUUUAACCUGCUAGGAGGGUCAGACAAGGGAUUUGGAAUCUUUGUAGACAGCGUGGAUCCAGGAAGCAAAGCAGCUGAGACUGGCUUGAAGAGAGGGGAUCAGAUUUUGGAGGUAAAUGGGCAGAACUUUGAAAACAUUCAACUUACCAAGGCUUUGGAAAUCCUAAAGAACAAUACUCACUUUUCCCUCACUGUGAAAACCAAUUUAUUUGUGUUUAAGGAGCUUCUGGUCAGAAUGUUAGAGGAAAAGAGGAAUAGUGCCCCGCACUUGCCCAAAAUUGGAGACAUUAAAAAAGCCAGCCGAUAUUCAAUUCCAGAUCUUGCAGUUGACGUUGAACAAGUUAUUGGACUUGAAAAAGUGAGCAAAAAGGGCAAAGCCAAUACUGUCGGAGGACGAAACAAGCUGAAAAAGAUCCUUGACAAGACGCGCAUCAGUAUCUUGCCUCAAAAGCCUUACAAUGAUAUUGGAAUCGGUCAGUCUCAAGAUGACAGCAUUGUGGGUCUCCGUCAGACAAAGCACAUGCCAGCUACACUGCCUGUCAGUGGGACACUAUCUUCCAGCAAUCCUGAUUUACUGCAGUCCCAUCACCGCAUCCUAGACUUUAAUACCACACCAGAUCAACCAGACCAGGUGCUGAGAGUUUUCAAGGCUGAUCAGCAGAGCCGCUACAUAAUGAUCAGCAAGGACACCACUGCUAAGGAAGUGGUCAUCCAGGCAAUUCGAGAAUUUGCAUUAACUGCCGUAGCUGACGCCUACUCCUUGUGUGAAGUGUCUGUCACCCCUGAAGGUGUCAUCAAACAACGACGGCUUCCUGAUCAGCUUUCCAAGCUGGCCGACAGAAUACAACUCAGCGGAAGGUAUUACCUAAAAAGCAACAUGGAAACUGAAACACUCUGCUCUGAUGAAGAUGCCCAAGACCUUCUAAGGGAGAGUCAGAUCUCUUUGCUGCAGCUCAGCACCAUUGAAGUGGCAACCCAGCUGUCUAUGAGAAACUUUGAGCUAUUUCGGAACAUUGAGCCCACAGAGUACAUCGAUGACUUGUUCAAACUGAAAAUGAAAUCUGGCUGCGCCAACCUCAAAAACUUUGAAGAAGUCAUUAACCAAGAGACCUUCUGGGUGGCCUCGGAAAUUCUAAGGGAAACGAACCAGCUGAAACGGAUGAAGAUCAUCAAGCAUUUUAUCAAGAUCGCACUACAUUGUAGAGAGUGCAAGAACUUCAACUCCAUGUUUGCAAUCAUUAGUGGCUUAAAUUUGGCACCAGUUUCACGACUUCGAGCAACUUGGGAAAAACUCCCAAGUAAAUAUGAGAAGCUCUUUCAAGACCUCCAGGACCUGUUUGACCCUUCCAGAAACAUGGCUAAAUAUCGGAAUGUGCUGAAUAGUCAGAACCUCCAGCCCCCCAUUAUACCUUUGUUUCCUGUCAUUAAGAAAGACCUCACCUUCCUUCAUGAGGGCAAUGACUCCAAAGUAGAUGGAUUAGUUAAUUUCGAGAAGCUUAGGAUGAUUGCAAAAGAAAUCCGUCAUGUGGGAAGAAUGGCUUCUGUGAAUAUGGAUCCAGCUGUCAUGUUCCGAACCAGGAAGAAGAAGUGGAGGAGUUUGGGGUCUCUCAGUCAAGGCAGCACCAAUGCUGCAGUACUCGAUGUAGCACAGUCGGGGGGGCACAAAAAACGUGUGCGUCGCAGCUCUUUCCUUAAUGCCAAGAAACUUUAUGAAGAUGCCCAGAUGGCUCGCAAGGUGAAGCAAUACUUAUCCGAUCUGGAUCUUGAAAUGGAUGAAGAGAAUCUUCAGACACUUUCUGUACAGUGUGAACCAGCAACAAAUACAUUGCCAAAAAAUCCAUGUGAGAAGAGAUCAGGAAAGCCAGAUACAUCGCCUGUGGCACCAAGGGCAGCAGCGCAGCACAAACAACAACAGCAGCAGCAGCAGCAAACGAAGGUGAACCAGGCAUUGCAAGUCCCUGUUGUGGCUCUUUACCCAAGUCGUAAGAAAGUGCCUGUCAAGGAUCUUCCACCGUUUGGGAUCAACUCUCCCCAAGCUUUAAAGAAAAUUCUUUCGUUAUCAGAAGAAGGAAGUUUGGAAAGGCACAAGAAGCAAGCAGAGGACUCCGUAUCAAAUGCAUCCUCUCAGCUUUCAUCCCCUCCAACUUCCCCGCAGUGCUCUCCCAGAAAAGGUUACACAUUGGCAGCUAGUGGCACAGUGGAUAACUUCUCUGACUCGGGACACAGUGAAAUCUCCUCCCGCUCCAGCAUCGUCAGUAACUCCUCCUUUGACUGCGUGCACUUGCAUGAUGAUCGGAGGCAGAGGCACUCAUUGAGCAUGGUGGAGACUAAUCUGGGUGUGGGAAGGGCUGACAGAAGAGCCAUUAUAGAUGCAGAUCAGUGCAGCCUAGGCUCUUAUGUGCCGGUGGCAGAGACUCGAGGCCUCUAUGCAGGUGCAACAGUUCUGUCCUCCCCCAGCAUGGAGGAGCUCUCCCAGGAUCAGGGGGAUCGAGCUUCUUUAGAUGCAGCUGAUAGUGGCCGUGGAAGCUGGACUUCAUGCUCAAGCGGAUCCCAUGAUAAUAUACAAACUAUUCCUCAUCAAAGAAGCUGGGAGACUCUUCCAUUUGGUCAUGUUCAUUUUGAUCACACAGCUGAUGGGUCAGGCUUCUGGGCCACAGGUGGCCACAUGGACCACGGUAUUUUUCCUGAUCAUAGCACAAAAUACGGCAGAUACAGCCAAGGAAGAGAACCUUUGGAUCAAGCACAGUCAAGAGCCAGCUGGGCAUCAUCGACAGGCUACUGGGGCGAGGACUCAGAAGGUGAUACCGGCACCAUUAAGAGAAGAGGUGGAAAAGAUGUGGCCCUUGAAGCUGAAACCAGCAGUAUAACGUCAAUGGCUCCAGAAGAAACAAGGCCUCUCCCUGUCCCCACACAUGUAGCUGUGACUACAAGUUCUGCAAAAGGGCUUAUUGUGUAUUGUGUCACUACAGCAAGGAACGAAGGCCGAUACAGAGAACCACCGCCGACCCCUCCAGGCUAUGUAGGAAUCCCUAUAGCUGACUUUGCUGAAGGACACCCUACUCUAUCCAGAAAGCCACCAGAUUACAAUGUGGCCUUGCAGCGUUCCAGAAUGAUGGCUCGGAGAAGUGAAAGUGAAGGGUCAGCAGCAACUUCUCCACCUUCACAUAAUCAGCCUUCUGGCAGGACUGCAAACAAACCCCAGUGGCAUAAACCAAAUGAGGCUGACCCAAGGCUUGCUCUCUAUCAGGCACAAGGGGUUACAGCAAAGGAUGAUGCAGACGACGAGCAAGUUUCCGCCGUCUAAGGAUCAUCGCUUUUCCCAUUCCUGGAUGAGCCGCCUUGAAAAGGAGAGCACAAUAGAUGUCCUGUACAGUGGGAGUCUAUGGACCUGAACCAACGAGCAUCGUGGACCUGUUUUCUCCUUCUCUGCCUUAAAGCAGCACUGGGCAUCUUUCACCCUUGGCAUGUGAAAUACUGUGAAGAAAUCACCUUGGCACUUUUUGUUUCAGAAAAAAAAAUAUGAUGUGGCUUGAAAUACACAGUCCAGCGGCCGUCUGUCCUGCUGGUGUCUGACUGUCACUUGCACAGUAUCAUUCCAGACUCCUCAACCACCACACAACCCUGCUUGCACUCCUUCAUGCCUGGAAGAGUCUUCUUUUUUUUUGCUUUUCCUUUUUAAUGAUCAUUUUAUACAAUCCUUCGCAUGGUCUUCAACUUGGAUUCAUAUGGCCGUGCUCGGAUAUAUACGAUCCCAUUAACUCUUUUUAACGUCGGCUGAGAUUGAAAUGAAACCGUCUCUGUACUCGCACACAAUGAAUUGCUUUCCUUUGUUUACACUGCCUUUUCUGUUACAAUUUGCCCCCUUUAGCGCGUGAGGAAUCCCGUGCGUUGGCCAACGAGGGGACGCGCUUUUGUGUUCAGAGCGGAAUUUUGUUACAUCAGGAGAAUUUCAGUGUUAUUUCACAUCUAAGUUAUGACUAUUUUUUAUGUUUAUAGAGAUUUUUAAUUGAACUGGAGAAUAUUGAAGUGACGGCAGCUUGGACCCUCGACUAAUGCUACUAGCUGUUAAACUGACUAGAUUGCAAGCUCUGAUGACCACCUGACCUGUUGACAUUGAGAUUGCAGCGCAUGAAUGGGAAUGGAUUAAUACCAUUGUGGGACACUGCACUUGUAGGAAAGUCCAAGGUGCAGCGACGGCUCACAGCUGCUAUUUAACACUUUGGUGUCCAAAACCGGCAUCCUCUAACUUCUUCUUCUUCUUCUUUGCACAGACUCCGGAUAAGUGAAGGCUGCCAAUCCCAUGAACACUCUUGUGUGAGGAACUUGUGGUCAUUGGGUUAUUGUUAUUAUUAUUAUUUUUCCAUUUGAGUUGAACUGAUCAUAUUGAUCAGUGAAUAUACAUAUAUAUAAAGAAAUAUAUAUAUAUAUAAAUAUAUAUAUAUAUAUACAAUGAAAAAAAAAGAUUAAGGAAACAGAAUGCAGUGUUUUUUCACUGUGUAAAACAAUGUCAGUGCUUUAUUUAAUGACUCUCUCUAUCCUGUUAUCAUGACUUUUCUCGCUUUUGCUUCUAUUACACAUCGUCAGUUAUGCCUAUGUAAUUUUCCAUGUAAGGUGCAUUAUUUGCCGGCUUUCUUAUGUAGGCGAGGGCAUUGCAUAUAGACAGACAGACAAGCCCAGCUCUCUCACUCUCACACACACACAC